AGUUCACAAUAGCAGUAGCAGCAGCCGGAGCAGCAGGGUUCCUGCAGCACAGCCCUUCCUUCACAUCCAGGUCUGCCUGAGACAACCCAGCUUUUAGGUGGCCGGUGACCAGUCCUUGUUCCAGGAUGGGGACCAUGGCCAGAGUAGCCUUGGUCUUGGCCUAUUUGGCUGUCGCCUCUGCCACUUCUGAGGGAGGUCACGAGGCUCCAGGGCAGAAGGAGCUGAGAUCAGAGUACCUUCAGGAAGCUGGCUACGCAGCACCUCCCUCCCCACCACAGGCCCGAGGCUUCCCCGUGUAUCACCUUGACCCUUCCCAGCAUGACCUUCCUUUUGAGGGACAGAGGGAAGUACAGUCCCCUCCCUCUCCAGAAGCCAUACCUGUCCAAGAAGAGCUGCCCCCUCCCCACCUCUCUAAUGGAAAGAAAGUGGAUCCGCCUCUUCCUCCGGAAGCCAUCCCCCUCCAAGAAGAGUUGCCCCCUCCCCACCCCCGUACUGAACAGAAGGAAAUCAGUCAAUCCGAAGAAAAGCCAGCUCCCCCCAUGCGCCAGGAUCCCCCAGAGCCUCACUCUUGGAAUCCAGCCCAGCACUGCCAACAGGGCCGGUUCCGGGGGGGCUGGGGAUACCGGCUGGAUGGCUUCCCCCCUGGGCGGCCUUCUCCAGACAAUCUGAACCAAAUCUGUCUUCCUGAACGUCAACAUGUGGUGUACGGCCCCUGGAACCUGCCACAGUCUGGCUACUCCCACCUCAGUCGCCAGGGUGAGACCCUCAAUUUGCUGGAGACUGGAUACUCCCGCUGCUGUCGCUGCCGCAGCCGCACCAACCGCCUGGACUGUGCAAGGCUUGUGUGGGAGGAUGCAAUGACCCGGUUCUGUGAGGCCGAGUUCUCAGUCAAGACCCGACCCCACUGGUGCUGCAGACAGCAAGGGGAGGCUCGAUACUCCUGCUUCCAGGAGGCAGCUCCUCAGCCACACUACCAGCUCCGGGCCUGCCCCACCCACCAGCCUGGUAUUUCCUUGGGCCUGGAGCUGCCUUUUCCCCCUGGGAUGCCCACAUUGGACAAUUUCAAGAAUGUCUGCCACCUGAGACGCUUCCGCUCCGUGCCACGCAACCUCCCAGCCACUGAUCCCAUCCAAAGGCAGCUACAUGCUCUGACUCAGCUGGAAAUGGAGUUCCAGCGCUGCUGUCGCCAGGGAAACAACCUUACCUGUGUAUGGAAGGCCUGGGAGGAUACCCUGGAUGGGUACUGUGACAAGGAGCAGGCUACAAAGACCCACCACCACUCCUGUUGCCACUACCCUCCUAGCCCUGCCCGUGAUGAGUGCUUUGCCCAUCAAGCUCCCUAUCCCAACUAUGACAGGGACAUUUUGACCCUUGACCUCGGCCGAGUCACUCCCAACCUCAUGGGCCAUCUCUGUGGAAACCGAAGAGUUCUUACCAAGCAUAAACAGAUUCCUGGGCUAAUCCAGAACAUGACUGCCCGCUGCUGUAACCUGCCAUUUCCGGAACAGGCCUGCUGUGCUGAAGAGGAGAAAUCAGCCUUCGUGGAUGAUCUGUGUGGUCCCCGACGGAACUUCUGGAGAGAUUCUGCCUUCUGCUGUGAUCUGAGUCCUGGGGAUGAACAGACCAACUGUUUCAACAUCAAUUAUUUGAGGAAUGUGGCUCUAGUGGCUGGAGACACUGGGGAUGCCAGGGGUCAGGGGGAGCAGGUCCCAACAGGGGGAACAAAUAUCAGCCCUACCCCUGAGUCCAAGGAAGAAUGAGUCACUCCAGAGCUUUAAAGGAUCGGAUGCGGGGAACCCCACCCUCCUUGAACAUUCAUUAUAGUAACCACCUCUUGGAUUUGGUGUCCUCAUUGUCUGUAACACACAAACACACCCUCUAAGCCUGCUUGGAUUUCCUUCAUUGGCCCCUGAGGCCUACUGCCCUGCCCUCACUAAGGAGCAGAGGAUGUUCCACAGGCUGUGGUGAGACCAUAACUAAAUGACUUAACUUUA